UUCCCAGAGUUGAGCCCACCUGAAAAUGACAAGAACCGUCGCUGCUUUGUUGCGUAGAAAAUAUCGACCCGAGGUCGAGGCAAAAAUCGCUAUUUCACAGCAGCGAACUGUCAGAAUCACUUGUCAACAACCGUCGGAAAGAUUGAGAACGAAAAUAACAGAAUCAGACGCAAGAGAAAAAGUGCCCGCAAGUAUUCGACCAUUUGUCAUGUGUAGAAGUCUCGUUAUCAGCAGCGAAGGGACUUGAGCGCAGCGGAACGGAGCAAUUCAGUUCGCAUUUGCAUUUAGAGUUCGCACACUUUGAGAAAUGUCUUCACCGAGUGCUGGCAAGCGACGUAUGGACAACGAUGUCAUUAAACUCAUCGAGAGUAAACACGAAGUGACAAUCUUAGGUGGACUAAAUGAAUUUCAUGUAAAAUUUUUCGGACCACAAGGUACACCGUAUGAGGGCGGAGUAUGGAAAGUGCGUGUCUAUCUGCCCGACAACUAUCCAUUCAAAUCACCUAGCAUAGGAUUUGUAAACAAAAUCUAUCAUCCAAACAUCGACGAAUCAUCGGGGACAGUGUGUUUAGAUGUAAUUAAUCAAGCAUGGACUGCACUCUAUGACCUAUCAAACAUUUUCGAAUCAUUUCUACCACAACUUUUAACAUAUCCAAAUCCAGUAGAUCCAUUAAAUCGUGAUGCCGCCGCACUUUAUUUACACGAACCUGAAGAGUAUAAAAAGAAAGUAGCGGAAUAUGUGCAAAGGUACGCAACAGAAAAGGCUCUUCGGGCAGCACAACAGGAUCGUGAAAGUUCCGAUAGUGAGUCGAGUAUGUCACAAUUUAGUGAAGAUGAAGCUGACGAUAUGGAAUUAUAAUAUCGGCUUUUAAUUACGAUUUUAAUUUGAUUUACGUCGUUUUAAUUUUAUAUAUAUAAUAUAAAUAUUAAAUAAUAAUAAUGUAAUUUACUUCGUAGCAUAUAUAUAAAUAUUUUUUUCUAAUUAAUGAUUGAUUGAUCCGAGUCGCAGUCCACUGUUGAGUACGUACGUUGAGUGUAGACGGGAAUUGACCUGUUCGGCCCGGAAGGGCUCAAGGCAGAAACGGACCGGGUAUUUUGAUUAAUUACAUCUCAUAUUCGCCAGAGUAAUAAGAUCAAAACUGUAUGGGGCACUUGAUUUAUACAAGUUCGCAAACUGGGGGAUAUGUGGAGUGACAGCAAGAAAUGAGUAGGCAACUUUGCGAGGUUCACCCAAGAGGCAUUAGUUCAAAUCAACACAAAGUGAUACAAUGAAAAUCAAAAGUUACUCAUUGGAAAUUUCGACGGAUGCGCUCUAGUUAACAAUGCAGGACCGAUCACAUCAGUUUACUAAUUUCCACUGGUUGCAAUCUUAACCGUUUAGAUUUUUACUCUCAAUCGUUGCUAGCCAUUGCUAAGCUGGCAGCAAGAGUUCUCAUUCGUUCACAACCUCACUAAUGUAAUCUAAUCGAGUUCUAUGUCCUCCAAAAAUGUUUAUUAUCUACGUCUUGUGUGAUACGAAAUUUUUACUAUGAUUCAAGUUUUGAAAAGAAAUAUAAUAUUUGCUGGUUUAAUCUGUUUGACAGAUAUUUGUAAGUUUGUGCUAACAUUAGAGAUCGUAGAGCUAUCCGCUACCGAUUGAUUUAUAAUAACUUUUCCAUUGAAAAGAGUUUCAACGGGACGCCGUGCAUAUUUCACUAAAAUGCUUCCCUCUUUCCAUUUCGCAAGAGAAAUAAUCUCGUCCUUCUUUCUCAGAACAACCAACUCCAAUAUUGUCUACUCAUUUACCUAAGCACAUAGAAUGGCUUUGACAAAAAAUGACAAGAUCCACCACACUAGAUAUUGCAUUGUUGAUGUAAAACUAACAGUAAGAUUUAAGUUACAAUCAUGAUGGUAUGAAGUUAUGUACUAAAGUUUGAAGUUAGCCAGUCAUUGAUUGCAAAGCAGUUGUAAAGAAUUUCAGUAAAAUAACAAAAAAAAACAAACAAACAAAACCCAUUGACGAAAUGAGUCAGAUCAUUUGAAUAAAACACCAUUUGUAAUCGAUUAAGAGUCAAGAGAAUAUUAGAAUUUUGGGUGCAGAAAAUACAAACAAAAAUAAGUAAAAUUAAUGAUGUCAUUACAUAUUGCAAAUAAGCGGGCGUUAUUUUCGAUACCAAUUAAGAAAAAAAAGUAAGAAAGGAAAAGAAACGGAAAUAAAAUUUGAAAUUAAUUUUAAUAAGA